AUGUUCGGGAAACAGCAGCGAUCUUUUCAACCUCAGUGGUUCAAAGCCUUUUCUUGGCUGCAUCUGGAAUAUAAUAACACUGUAUUAUGUCACACUUGUGUCACUGCUGACGAGCAGCGCAAACUUGGUAACGCCAAAAAUGCCGAGAAGGCAUUUCUCAUAAAUGGAUUUUCCAACUGGAAAAAAGCUCUUGAAAAAUUCCGUGAUCAUCAGAAAUCCCAGUGCCACAAACUAGCUGUUCAGAGCGGAGAGCGGUUGGAUACUGCACUAGCAGCUGAAAAAAAGUGGAACCGCUCCAUUUUAGUGAAGAUUUUAGAGAACCUUAGGCUGAUGGGGAGACAGGGGCUUUCACUGCAAGGCAGCACAGACGAAGACUCCAAUUUUAUACAGAUUUUGAAACUCAGGGCAAUCGAUGACCCAUCUAUUUUGAAAUGGUUAGAAAAAAAAACUGGCAAAUAUACCUCCCAUGAUAUCCAAAAUGAGUUACUCAAAAUCAUGGCCAACAUCAUAGUGAAAGAUAUUGCAACAUCGAUAAAGUCUGCUGGAUUUUUCGCUAUUCUCUCAGAUGAAUGCACAGAUAUAUCAAACAAGGAGCAAUUAACAGUCUGUCUGAGGUGGAUUGACAAAGCCUUAGAGCCACAUGAAGACUUUGUCGGGUUUUACCACAUCCCAAACAUAAACGCAGACACUAUUGUCGGCGCUAUUAAAGACACCUUAACAAGACUGGAUCUGUCUCUCAAUAACUGCAGGGGGCAGUGCUACGAUGCUGGGGGACCUAUGGCCGGGUGGAAAAAUGGUGUGGCUGCUCAAAUCAAGGCUCAAUCAGUGAAUGCACAUUUCACUCACUGUCAUGGGCACGCACUUAGUUUGGCCAUAAAGGAUACAACUAGUGGCUGCAAGCUGCUACGCGAUGCCAUGGACACAACCAGAGAAAUCUGUAAACUAAUAAAGCUUUCUCCUAAACGCCAGGAAAAACUGGAACAACUCAAGGCCGAGAUGCAACUGGACACACCUGGGCUCAAAGUUUUGUGUCCAACUAGAUGGACAAUCCGAGCUGAAAGUUACAAACGCAUCCUAGAAAACUAUGAUGCGCUUCAGUUAGAAUGGGAUGAAUGUUUGGAGGGCAAACUAGAUUCUGAAAUGCGAGCCAGAAUAAUAGGCGUGAAGGCUCAAAUGGAGAGUUUUGAUUAUUUUUUUGCAUUGAACUUGGGACAGAGGAUAUACAGUCAUACUGACAAUUUGUCCAAAACAUUGCAGCAGGGCAAACUCUCGGCAGUAGAUGGUCAGCGUAACGCAGAGCUUGUCGCUAGUGUUCUACAGAAUAUGAGAACUGAUGACAAUUUCAGUGCAUUCUACGCUGUUGUCAACAGCAAAGCUACUGAGCACGAAAUAGCUAAACCAUCGCUACCAAGAAACCGGUCGGCCCCACGUAGAUUUGAAGUUGGUGAAGGGCAAGCAACGUUUCCCAGAACAUGCGAAGAUCGAUACCGCAGGAUAUAUUUUGAAGCGAUUGACCUCUCUGUUAAUGCUAUCAAGAGCCGCUUUGAGCAGCCAGGGUUCAAGGCCUAUGCAGAGAUGGAGAGUCUGCUCAUGAAUUGCCUAAACGGAGAGGACUAUGCGGCAGAGUUGGCUUUCGUUGAGAGUGAGUAUAGUGGCGAUAUUGACCUCUUCCAAUUUGAGUCCCAGCUGACACUGUUCAAGGCAAUGUUGCCAAAUGAGACUUACGCCUGUUUUCGAGAUAUCUACUCAGCUUAUAUUCAACUCAGCCUGGGGAAUAAAUGUUUGGUUUCAGAAGUUGAAGUUUUGAUGAGACUCAUUUUGGUCAAUCCAGCCACCGAUGCUGUGGGUGAAAGAUCCUUUUCUACAGCCCGUCGCUUAAAGAGCUGGCUUAGAUCGUCAAUGAACCAGUGUCGAUUCAACAAUUUGGCAAUUCUGACUGUCCACAAGGAGCGCACUGAUGCCAUAGAUUUAGUAUCCGUAGCUAAUCAGUUCAGCUCCUUAAAUGAGAAUCGAGUAGCCACUUUUGGAACCUUCAAAAAGGAAGACUUUGACAGAGCUCAUUAG